UUUUAAUCCCAAUCCGGACAAGUUUAUCCCAACUUCCUCUUCCCCCAAAACCCUAAUCUCCCUCUUUCCCUGAGUCCCUCAUACAGUACACUGGAGACUCGGUGGACAGUCAUCUAUCUAUAACUACCAAGCUGAGGGGAGGGAUUGGCUGGAGGGAAAAUCAUGCGAAGUAGAUUGUGGCAGAGAGUAGUGUCGUUGCGGGAGUCCUCCUCUACUCCAAGAAUCAGCAACAGCAGAUCCAUUGUUGCUGUUCCGACAUCAUCUUCAAAUUUUACCCGGCCGUUUCAAACACCACUAACAUCAUCUGCUUCUGGUGAUUGUCAAAAUCCGAGGCAGGUUGAAGAUGCAACAGCCUUUGCUACCAGUUAUGAGCGUGAGCAUGGGCAACUAGAAAAUGGUCGUCAGGAAAAGCCGGAUAAUUAUAGAUGGACUGUUGGAACAUACCAGCAGAGCAGAUGUGUGAAUCAGCAAAGCCCUGGAAGUGAGCAUCCCCAGUACAUGAAUGCUGUUCAACUGCCAAGGAACUUGGAUGAUGGUCAAAAUCAUGGUUACUCUAAUGUUGGAAACUACCAGCAGUACUCUAGUGCCGGACAAUACCAGCAGAACCCAAUUGCAGGACAAUAUCAUCAGAACCGAAUUGCUGGACAGUAUUGGCAGGACUCAAAUACUGUGGUAAAUAAUCCGAACUCAGCUGAUAUUCAGAAUAGGAUGCAUGCUUCUCCAAUUUCAACUAAUUCUGAGCCAGAUAGGGUGCCUACUGAGGCUUCAAAUGGUAGCUCAUAUUUUGAUACCCUUGAAAAGCUGGACAGUUUUUGCAAAGAAGGGAAGGUGAAGGAUGCGAUGCAAGUUUUGGAGUUGUUGGAGAAGCAAAAUGUUUCUGUAAAUAUGUCGCAAUAUUUGCAGUUGGUUCAAGCUUGUGGGGAUGCUAAAGCGCUGGAAGAAGCAAAAGCUGUUCACAAACACAUCAUGACAUCACAGCCUGGUCUUCAAGUCAGCACCAAUAACAGAAUCUUAGAGAUGUACUUAAAAUGUGGUUCAAUUGAAAAUGCUUUUAAUGUGUUUCACACCAUGCCAGGGCAUAAUUUGACUUCUUGGGACACUAUGAUAACUUCGCUUGCUAAGAGUGGUCUUGGGGAGGAUGCCCUUGACCUGUUUAGCCAGUUUAAGAAGGCAGGAUUUCGACCUGAUGGUCAAAUAUUUAUUGGGGUCUUCACUGCCUGUGGUGUCUUGGGUGAUGUUAAUGAGGGGAUGUUGCAUUUUGAAUCAAUGAGGAAAGACUAUGAUAUUAUUCCAUCAAUGGAACAUUAUGUGAGCAUUGUGGACAUGUUGGCAAGUCCGGGCUAUCUGGAAGAAGCUUUGGAAUUCAUUGAAAAGAUGCCAAUGGAGCCUAAUGCAGAUAUCUGGGAAACCCUAAUGAAUCUGUGUAGAGUUCAUGGACACCUGGAGCUCGGGGAUCGUUGUGCUGAACUUGUUGAACAGCUAGACCCCUUAUCCUUGAAUGAACAGAGCAAGUCAGGUCUUGUGCCAAUAAAAGCUUCAGACCUUACAAAAGAAAAGGAGACACAGAAGUUGGAUAGUCAUGAUCCUUUACGAAUUAAGACAAAUAUCCACUCAUAUCAGGCCGGAGAUACUUCUCGUCCUGAGAAUGAUGAGAUCUACACCCUGCUUAAGAGUUUGAAGGUACAAAUGAAAGAGGCUGGUUAUUUCCCAGCGACAAAAAGUUGUUUGCAUGACGUGGAUGAGGAAUCCAAGGAGGAAGCUCUUCAUUCUCAUAGUGAAAGACUUGCUGUUACACAUGGUCUUAUUAGUAGUCAUGCCCGUGCCACUAUUCGAGUAAUAAAGAAUCUUCGGGUUUGUAGCGAUUGCCAUGCUGCACUGAAGAUCAUUUCUAAGAUUGUUGGCAGAGAGCUGGUCAUGCGAGAUACUAAGAGGUUCCACCAUUUCAAAGACGGGUCAUGCUCUUGUAGAGAUUUUUGGUGAAUGGGAUGAAAAUUGAGAUUAACUCCUGAGGGUUAGGAGAUUGGGGCAUUCAAGGAGAUCCUUCCUAUUCCUACUUGUAGGAUGUGUAUAAUUGAACUUUGGUCCACCAUAGUUACCAAUAACUUGACGUACCUUCAGAAUCUCACUCAACUGCCCACCGAACCGAACGACUGACUGGAAUAUUGAGCUGCCCACCAAACCGAACAACUGAUUGGGAUAUUGAGCGUACUACUACUGAACACUGUUGGCUUAUUUAUAUUUUUGAUUUUGAAAUGAACAACUUUAAUCUAAGCUGUGUUAGAAUCAUUUUGAUAUGCUUCCUAGCCUUGCAACAAGAGCAGAAAGCUAUAAUAAAUACCUUGCUACAGUAAGUAUUCUCUUUGUA